CGCCUUUUGUUUGAAAACAGGCAUCUCAUCAUCACCUUCCGACGAUGGAGUAUACCUUCGGUGGCAAGUACCGCCUCGAACAGGAGAUUGCCAAUGGAGGCUGUGGUGCUGUCUUCUUGGGCACACAUAAUGUCGCCGGCAAGCCAGUUGCAAUCAAGCUCGAGCCAUCGGAACCCAAACGUAGCAGACGACGUCGCCACUCUGAUCCCGAUAUUCCACAGCACCACCACCACCAGGGACCUUCUCCACUCAAACUCGAAUCGCAGAUCUAUAAGCGCCUAAUGGGCGGUCCUGGGGUUCCGUGGAUCAUGUAUUCAGGAAAACAAGGCGACUACAAUGUCAUGGUCAUCGACCUCUUGGGUCCCUCGCUGGAGGAUCUCUUCCGAAUGUGCAAUCGGUGUUUCUCGUUGAAGACAGUAUUACUGCUGGCAGAUCAAUUGAUAUCUCGGAUCCAAUAUAUCCAUUCUCACUCGCUGCUUCAUCGCGACAUUAAGCCUGCUAAUUUCGUCAUGGGCAUUGGCAAAUCCAUUCACCAGGUCAAUAUUAUCGACUUUGGUCUUGCCAAAAAGUUUCGCGACCCGCGGACGGCAGCGCAUAUUCCGUACAAGCAGGACGACGUGCAUGGUGUGGGGACAUCACUCUUUGCUGCUAUUAACACACAUCUAGGAGUCGAAUCUUCGCGACGGGAUGAUCUAGAGUCCUUGGCAUAUAUGCUAAUUUAUUUCCUCAAGGGAACACUACCCUGGCGGAAAAUGCGUGCACCAACUCAUCCACCCCCUGGUACACCAGAUUUUCCUCCAUAUAAUCCGGUCACUGCAACGUGGAAUUUAAUCCGCGACGCUAAACUCAAAGCCGAGGAGAAGUUGACGCAAGGACUACCGCCUGAGUUCGAUGUCCUAUAUAGAUAUGCGCGGACUUUGUCAUUUGACGAUUUGCCCGAUUAUGAGGGACUAAGGGAAUUGUUUCGUGGUCUGGCGAACCGCGUAGGCGUGGAAUAUGACGGCGUCUUCGAUUGGACUGUCCCCCCACCCUCAUCUCCGUCUGCGUCUUCGUCUUCUGUGCCCCAUCCGGAAGAGGAGGUUACGGGUGGCAGGUUCUGCGAGGCAUGUCGGAAGAAACGUUUGGAAAAUGCCAACAGCGGGAAGCGGUAGCAAGCACUGAAGGGCCCCAAUAUGUAAACGGCCUUCGGGUGGAUAUGGUAAUAACCUCGAUGAACUUUCGGCGGUGCGCUGUAUAGAUAUAAUUAAUCAGCUAACUUAUGCUGAUGGUGAGUUAGCCAUCGCGUAUACUGUGUAUUAUUGGGCCUGAUAAUACCCUAAUAUUUGUUGAUACCUUUUCUGUAUAUUUUACCGCUCCAUUAGUAUACCCACACCAGUUCCAUCGGCACCAGUGUUCAUACUUCUCACGUCUCGAUCUUCUAGAAUUGAUUCUUCGGUGUUCUCUC